AUGACGUCGUUCGCACAGUACGUCUUCUAUCUUCUAUCCGGAUUGUUCAACUUCUUUCUACUGUACUUUCGCAAAACGACAAGAGCGUAUUGCAAAUAUCAAGUUGUAAGGUACCACAGCAACAUUCCGAUGUCUCCGUUAACAACACACCGAUUACUGUCGGUAAAACGGAAAAUCCUUGUUCUCGAUCUGGAUGAGACGCUCAUCCAUUCGCAUCAUGACGGUGUUCUCCGACAAACUGUGAAACCAGGCACUCCAUCAGAUUUCACGAUACGGGUUGUAAUCGACCGUCAUCCAGUGAAAUUUUCCGUCCACGAACGUCCCCACGUCGAUUAUUUCCUCUCGACAGUAAGCCAAUGGUAUGAAUUGGUGGUCUUCACGGCGAGUAUGGAAGUAUACGGAUCGUCAGUGGCUGAUAAGUUGGAUCGAGGUCGCGGAAUCCUUAAAAGACGAUAUUUCCGUCAACACUGUACAAUGGAGGUUGGUGGUUACACGAAGGAUCUGUCUGCGAUCCAUCCAGAUCUCUCAAGUAUCUGUAUUCUAGACAACUCGCCAGGAGCAUAUCGAAAAUUCCCACACAACGCUAUUCCUAUUCCAUCGUGGUUCUCCGAUCCAAAUGACACUUGUCUUCUGAAUCUUCUGCCAUUCCUCGACGCGUUACGAUUCACAUCAGAUGUGCGAAGUGUGCUCUCACGAAACGUGCAGGUGGUUCCAGAUGGACAGUACUACUGA